ACGUCAUUGUUGUGACACGCAAUACUAAAUCUCGCGAGAUUUGUUUGAACGAACGGGCGGGAGCUGUGAGGGUUUCGAUUGAGGUUCCUAAACGUACGGCUGGUCGAUGUCUUCUAGGUUGUUUACUUCAGAUUAACCGCUCUGUAAAGUUUUAGAUUUUUCAUAGUUAUAUGUUUUGAAGAAAAAUCAGAAGAGAUGGAUUCGGUGGACGAGGAUUUAUCUGCUCGGGUUUUGUUGCAGAAAGUCCUGCAUACAGAGUUACCCCGAUCUCCAGUUACCAGAAGUUCGACCCGUGCACGCCGGAGUGUGAGACUGAUAAACACACCUGGACUAGAAAGCCCUGGAGUCGCCUUGCGCCACAAACUCAAGCAAAAACUUCAUCAGAAUGCCCAAUCACCCCUCCCUCCACCUAAACGACAGAGGUCCUUGGGUGGAAAGACAAAUCCUCCGGCCGCAGCCACGCCCUCUCUGUUCGAUGAUGACAUCACGCCUCGUGGUCUGCUUAGGGGAAUCAUUCGUAUGGACCCUGAGGCGUCUUUGCUGACGUCGGGUCAGCCUGCGCCACAGGAGGCAGAACCAAAUCCAGAGUCCAGUGUCUCCAGUGCUGGAGAGAGAACUGAAGGUCUGUCUGGAGCGGAGCUCUCUGAUCUGACCCUACACACCGAACCCCUGACGCAUGUGGUGAGAAAACUGAGUCGCAGAAAACCCCAGCCUGUCUUCAGUGUUUCUGCGUUUGAGAAAGAGCUGGACCAGAUGCCAGAUAAAUCUGUGGAGGAGGCUUCUGAUAAAUCUGUCUUUCGGGAGAAAUCAGAUGUGUCUCAUGAUUUGGAUUCAUCUGCUGGAUCAAAGAGUGGCCUUAACCUGACUCUAAAAACCCCAUUUGUGGAUAAACGCACUGAGAGGGCGGGGCUCCAGCGGAAAGUGUCCAAUCGGAAGCUGCCUUCUGCCGAUUCGUUUGAUGAGGCCGUCCAGAGAUGUCUGGAGCAGGCACCUGACCAAGAUCAUUCUCAGUUUCAGGAUGGAAAAACUCUCGAAGAUUCUUCAUGGCAGAAGUUUACGCUUGGCCUAAAUGACGUCACAGAACUUUACGUCCAGCCUGCCGGAUCUACUGUUCAGCUGAAUAAAGAUGACAUGGCGGUACAAGAUGAGGAACCAGAGAGAAAUACUGAGAGCAAUGACCUAGAGACCGAAGAAUACCAAGAAAACAGACUAAGUUAUGUCGAUGAAAUUCAUGAUGUUCCAGAAUCCAUUAUCCAAGAAAACAAAGACCAUGAGGUGGAAUCGGCAUUACAGGAUGAGGAAGAGAUGCUGCCUUCAUCCCAAGAAGAAGCAGGUGAUGUGUCUUUGAGUCCUGAAGAUGAGAUCAUGCUUGCUCCGACACAGGCGAUGACGGAGUCUCCACCUAAAUUUCAAGAUGCAGAAACACAUGAGCCAGAGACUGAGGAAGACAUGGAUACAUCACCAGGUUUGGAGCAAAAAACACGUAGAGCACACCGAUCAGAGGGUGGAGGUGGGAUCCUAAAAAUUCCAGCAGGACAGAGAGUCACAAAGAGUUUCGGGGCUGGACUGAACCCCAGAGAAAAAGAUUAUCUGGAGUUUGUUAACAGGACCGGAGAGAACUUACAGGAUGUUUCUGAUAAAGAGAUGGAACCACAGGGCAGCCAUAUGUCCCCUCCGCUUAACCUCACGACAGAGGUCAUCACUGAGCAAAGGUCACAGCAACAUGUUGCUAGCCUGGAUGGAGAAGAUUUGCCAGAUGUUGAAGGGGCAGAAGCCAUCACAUCUGAGCAAGGAUCACGGCAUGAGACCAGCCUGACCGGAAAAGAUUUGCCAGAGGCAGAAGCCAAUACGUCUGAGCAAGCAUCACGGCAUGAAACUAGCCUGACCGGAAAAGAUUUGCCAGAAGCCACCACAUCUGAGCAAGGAUCACGGCAUGAGACCAGCCUGACUGAUAAAGAUUUGCCAGAAGCCACCACAUCUGAGCAAGGAUCACGGCAUGAGACUAGCCUGACCGGAAAAGAUUUGCCAGAAGCUACCACAUCUGAGCAAGGAUCACGGCAUGAGACUAGCCUGACCGGAAAAGAUUUGCCAGAAGCUACCACAUCUGAGCAAGGAUCACGGCAUGAGACUAGCCUGACCGGAAGAGAUCUGCCAGAUAUUGAAGGUGAUGAUCUCCAAGAUGAGGAGAGCCAAUCAGAGGAUGAGGACAUGAUGGAUUCUGAGCCAGCCAAUCAGAGCCCUGAACCGCAUUCACCUGCUCCAAGUGAACAGGAAGAGGAAGAUGACGAUGAUGAUGAUGCCCGCAGUGCAGAACUGUCCAUGAAAACUCCCGCUUUUGUGAAACAGAAGAGAGUGAUCACAAAUGCUAGUGCUCAUGCCACACCCACGGUCCUUAAAGAACUGAAUUCUGGUCCGGCACCUCAGGUUACCAAACGUCAGCCCAGACAGAAGCGCAAGACCGGCUCCGAUGUUCUGCCCAAGAGUUAUGUCAUGAGCGUCUUCAAACACUUUGCCAAAACAAAGGUUGCCAGUGACGUCUACCCUGCCAUUAAUGAAAUUCUCAAGAAAUACUUUGAUCGGCUCGCAGAUGAUCUGGAAGUCUAUGCUACUCACGCCAAACGUAAAACAAUUGAGAUUGAAGAUUUUGAGCUCCUUAUGAGAAGGCAAGGCUUUGUGACCGACAGCAUGCCUGUCAAUAUAUUAAUAGAGAAAUAUCUUCCACUGGAGUAUCGCAAACUACUCAUUCCUGUGGCGACCAGUGGAAACAAAGUCGUCCCAAAUCAAAAGAGGUGAACCUGCAAAUGUAAAGUUAACCCAAUCAAGCUUUUCAUAUCUAUUCUUGUAAAUAUAUUCUUAUUUGACAAUGUAAAUGUCUUGUGUUCUAGAUAACUAUGAUGUUUGUAAUAUAUUGCUGCUGUUAAAAAAAUAAAUUCUUGGUUCAUUUUA